GAGUUUACAUUAGAGAGUUAUGUGCAAAUAGAGACCAUUCCCCAUUCUCCCUCACAUUUGCCUGCAGAGUACCAUGUGCAGUGGCACAAUCCACACCGGUUUGCUGGUGGUCAGCUACGCCACCUACCUACUCUUGGGUGUGAUUGGAUUCUGGGCUCUGGAGAAGAAUGCCGAGAAAGAACAGAAAAUGGCAGUAAUCCAAAUGAAGGAGGCGUUCCUACAGAACUUCACCCACCUCACUGUGGCAGAUGUUGAGCAGUUUGUGAAGAACCUGACUAACGCUGUGCAGAGAGGAAUAUAUCCCAUCGGAAACGAUUCACAGACUGAGGUCAGCAACUGGGAUUUGAGUAACUCCUUCUUCUUUGUGGGUGCAGUGGUAUCCACAAUAGGUUAUGGUACCAUGUGUCCUAAAACGGCUGCCGGCCAGAUCUUCUGUGUCUUUUUUGCUUCAUUUGGAAUCCCUUUUAAUAUCGUUUUCCUGCACCGGGUCAGUAAGAUGCUUUCUCUGCUGUGUGAAAGGCUUGGGAGAUGGCUGUAUGAGAAGGGAAUGAAAAAGAAGAAGAUCAAGUUUCUGACCCUUCUCUUCUUCCUGGUGAUGGGCAUUCUAGUGUUCCUGUGUCUGCCGUCAUUUGUCUUCCAGGUGGCAGAGGGCUGGUCCUACAGUGAAGGAGUUUAUUUUGCAUUUAUCACCCUGAGCACCAUUGGCUUUGGAGACUAUGUAGUAGGUAAACAGCCUGACAGGAAUUAUCCUUCCUAUUACCGGUCUUUGGUGGCCAUUUGGAUUAUCUUUGGCCUGGCCUGGAUUGCUCUUCUGUUCAAUUUAUUGACAACAUUAUUGGAAGACACUGAAAAAAAAAUUACUCAGGAUCUUCACAAAAUGAGAAAGGCAGGUAAAGACAAUGAGGAAAACCAGAAAAAAUAUCAGCCCGCUGGAUUUGUUUCUGCAGAAGAACCAUCAUUACUGGGUUCUGGAGGAGAUGCACAGAAGACAGUAUCUCUAGCAACACAUCUUGGAGAUGCAAAACAAGGGGAAACUAUUUUUUCCUUAUAG